CUCAAUUUGGUCACGGAAGUUACGGCUUUUAGUGCAGAACAACAGCGAUGUCUACAUCACUUGUAAAACAAAGUUUAUCGUUGUUUGACGAUGACUUGAACCAAGAACCAGCCAAGAAAAAAAAGACUAAAGACCCUAUGUCAUUAAUUAGUACAAAGAAGAAGGGCGUAAGAAAGGAAUUGAGGAAACUUCAACAAGAAAAGCAAAGGAAAGUUCCAAGAAAAACUUCGGGUCUUUCAACAUAUAAUGACUACCAAGACCCUGGCUGCUUUGAUUACACAGACAAAAGUGUAGAGAUUCUGACCAGACUAUCACAGCUUGAUUCAGCAAACAAGAAGGCCGCAAGCACGAUAUCUGAACAUCAUGGUAAGAAAAGGCGGCGAAAGGCAGCACCUGCCAAAGACAACAAAACAGAUGAAGAAAAAUCGGCAUUCAGUGAAAAAGACUUUGAAGCCUUCUCGAAAGAAUUUGAUUUUAGCAAAUUAAAGAAGACAUGAUGAAAAAUUAGCAGUUUUAUAUCUGUCAAUAUGUUAUAGUAUGAUGUAGUAUGCUAGUAGCCAAUUUACAGACCCUGACUACAGCUACAUGAACUAGGUUAACAUUUAUGUUAUUGCUGUACUGACAUGAGAGCAGUCCCCGGACAAAGAUCAUACAAAUACUGUGCUAGAAAUGUUAAAGUAGGUCUGUAAUAAAAAUGUGGUUAGUAAAAAAGACUUUGGGUCUGUUUCUAUUGCGGCAUGGAGUUUUCCGAGAAAUGACGUCACUUUCAUGCACAUUCAAGGGGCCCACCAACAGGGGGUACAUAAAUCGUCACAUUUUAAACACUGUCAGCAGUAAUGGCCGUCCGCUUGUUUCUCAUGUAUAUAAAUCGAGACCUAGACGUAUAGACAGAAAAUAUCAGUACUCAUUACAUAAUGAUAAUGUCUGCGAGUCUGACUAAUGCAAAAUCCUGCUAUUACAAAUGCCUCUGGCCCAGGACAGGCAUCUCUUAUGCAUGCUCAUGUAGACAGAUACCCCCAUCAGUGAUAAUAUAAAAACCUACUCAUGUUGUGAAUCUUAGAAUUUUUAAAGUUAUACAUAUACCUAUAAAAAGAACGAACUGAACAGUUAUCAAGAAAAUAUGCAUCUCUUUGAUGAAAAACGAUCACCAGUAAACAAAAUGUGAAAAUAAAGCAUUUAGGGAGAGUGGACGGUGAUUACUACUGUCCGGGGACUGUUCCCCUGCCAGUAUUCUUUACAUGACCUAAUCUAUUUUCCUAUUAAACAAAGAAGACUGAAACUGUGUGUUUCAGUUAUUAAGUCAUACUAUAGAAUGUUGUAGUGGCGUGCUGGAAAAGAAAACUACACAAAACAGGCAAAUAUUAGAGGAUGUAGAUAAUAAUCCUUGAUAGAGUGUUAGAAUCGAAAUAUUAAUAAAAUUAUUUAAUGUAACAUUUAAUCACAAUGCAUCUGAACUCCAGACAGUGAUUUUAUUUAAUGGAAAAUCACUCUUUUUACCAGCUUAUAAAUUAUAAUAAAGCUAAUAUUACAUGGAAUGGUUUCAAAUAGUUGAGCAAAGUGCCAUUAGACAAAAAAGAUAUGUUUUAAGACUUUAGCAAUUAAAAUUUCAUAAAACAUUACAUGCCGCCUUCAGGAAAUACUUCUCUGUUAUGUCUUAGACUGUAGAAAAGUAUUGGAUCUGUAACCAAUGAUUUUCAGUUCACUUAUCUGUAAAUUAUUCCAGGUCAUUCUACAUCUGUUAAGUGAAUUUGUUAGGUAGAUCAUUUAUUUGGCCAAUACAGUGGUUGCUAUAACACUUUUUGCUCUCUGUGAGCUAUUUUAAUUGCAUCUCUGUCUGUCCACACUUUCCUUCAAACAACAUUUCCUCUGAAACCGUUAGGUGGAAGUUGAUGAAACUUGGCCCAGAUGUUCCUUGGGUGGUCCUCUUCCAAAGUUCUUCAGACGGUUUUGCUUUGUUGCACAUAGGGCCUGUCAGAGCUAAAAAUAGAAAAUUUCAAACAACAUCUCCUCCUAAACUGCUGGUUUGGUUUUGAAAUAAUUUAAAAUAAAUGGUCCUUAUGUAACCCUCUAACAAGAUUGUUCAAAUUAUUUUAAUUCAUCAAAACACAGCUGUCAGAGGGCAUGGUCACUUUUCCCUAUAUGUAUAAAGUGGAAACUUUAAAAAUCGUCUUCUCAGAAAUAGCUGUCCCAAUCUAAAAAUAAUUUUACACAAAUAUUUCUUUGGUGAGCCUUUACGAAUGUUUUACAAAUUAUUUUGUUUUGUCAAAAAACAUGGCCACCAAGGGUUAUGGUCACUUUUCCCUGUAUGUGUGUAGUGGAAACUUGUUUGAUAUUGUCAUAUCACAACAUUUCACAAGUGUCAUCCCCCACCUCCCCAAAUCCCCCCAUACACAUUACCUGGCUGUAUGUAGAUGCAUUUAGUAAAAACUUUUAAAACAUUCUUGUCAAAAACACUAUUUCAAAAUAAUUUCACAGACAUUUUCACUGCAAAACCAUUUACCAAAACUGUUCAACCAAGCAGGGUAACUCAGGUGAGAGAAUCUAAGGCCAUCAUGGCCCUCUUGUUAUGUAUUCACUUCACUGUGCUUCAGUACUGAAAACUACAAACAUACCGGUAAUUCUUUUAGAUUGUCAAUAACCUAUGUUAUAAUGCUUUAAUUAAGUACAGUCACUAUUGAUGUGAUUAUAAUUGCUCUAAUUUGACUGUAAGUUUUAGAACAUCAUCAUUAUUCUGUUUGAUUUUUAUGUUGACUUACAAUGACUCUACUUCAAUGACUAUGUCAUACUGGUUAGUGUAUCUAGAUGUAAUUUAGAUUGUGCUACAGAAAUUCAUUAGAAUGGCAGUCUCGUAUAAAUUAUGCUAAAAUUGUUGCAAUAAUGAAUAAAUUUAAGAACUUUA